AUGAGAUCCGUGUUCCAGGUUGAGGGGAACAUGGCCAGUAAUGGCUCCAGCCUGAUGGAUGUUUACAAUACACCACCAGCCGACUACCCAACUCCUCCAUCCUCGUUUUCCAGCACCGACGGUUUUGUGAAACCUGCCUUCGGCGUCAGUGGAUGGUUGGAAUUCUGGGAUUACGCUGGAGGUGCAAGUUUCCGAGCAUUUGUGGCCGAGGACGGUGAAGAGAGAAGUCUCUUUGCCUUCUUUGACGCAGGACUGAUGGGAAGAGAUCUAAAGAAAGCAUUGAUUGCAUUCAUAGACCUUGCCGAAGGUCCUUUCGAAUGCUCUCAGGUAGUCAUCUGCCUUGACAGAAUGAUUCCAGAAGAUGAAGUCAAAAGCUUAAUGAGAAGUUUCCAGUGGGUUGGGUUCGAAUUGAGCACCCUCGACCACUGGGCCAAAGACGUCGAUGUGACUAGCGACAGGUGGUUGUUCAUGGCCAUGGAGGUCUGA